GGCAGAAGACGAAGUGGAUCAGGUAACCGAUGACGUGGAGGAUCUCGACCUCGGCAUGGACAAGAAGAAGAAGAAGACCAAGAAGCCUAAGGAUGAUGAGGAAGAUGGAGCGAAGAGUGGCGCUGUCUCGGACCCCAAGGACAAGGGCCCCAACGACAUCUACCCCUAUGCCGAGAUCCUUCAGCGAGUGUACGACGCCAUCUCAGAGAAGAACCCCGAGCUGAUGGGCGGAAAGAAAUUCACCAUGAUCCCUCCUCAGGUGGCUCGUGAAGGCUCGAAGAAGACUGUAUUUGUCAACUUCAAGGAGAUGGCAAAGAAGAUGCACAGGACCAUGGAGCAUGUCAUGUCCUACUUCAACGCUGAGUUGGGCGUGCCCUGCUCGCUUGACCCCGAAGGCAAGCUGACCUUCAAGGGUCGCUUCACGCCCAAGCAGAUCGAGUCGGUAGUCAGGAAGUACAUGCUUGCCUACGUGCAGUGCCAGAUGUGCAAGAACUACGACUCCCAGCUCGUGAAGGACAGCAUGACACGUCUGACGUUCCUCGAGUGCAACCGCUGUGGGGCGAGAAUGUCUGUGCAGAACGUGGAGAAAGGCUUCCAUGCUACUAACAGGGCGGAUCGUAAGGCUGCAAAGAACGCAUAAGCUCUCAACCAGCCAGCUUAUCUCGCAAGCUCAGGAAGAAGGAGGAGGAAGGAGAAGACUGAGUUUGUGUUCCCCUGUAUUUUCCACAAUAUCAUCACUGCCAAUCGC